AGGAGAGAGAUGUAGUUCAUGAGAUCACAGCGAGAGGACAACUCUCUGCAGACGAGAUGAGUUCAGGACUGAUGAUGAUGAUGAUGAUGAUGAUCCACAGAUGGACUCACCAACUCUCUGAUUCAUCAUCAGGAUCUGUGUUCCUGUUGAAGGAAGGAAGACGCUCGUUGAGGAGCUGAAUAAACUUUUUCUUUCACCGCAGCUUUAAAGAAAAAAGUCUUCAAACAGUCGGAGCUCCGGUACGAACACGAACAGCUCCAUCCUGACUGGACCCGGAGGAGGAGGAGGAGGAUCUGAAGUUCUGGCUCACAGACACGUGAACAUAUGAAGAUAUGUUCUGUUUCACCUGAAGUUUGGACGAUUACUAACCUCAGCAGACAAGAAACAUCUAACCCGGGAGGACGGAUUAACAGACACGUCUACGUCUGAGGAUGUACUUGUAUUUAACGGAGGAAUAACAACGUGAAACUCUUUAAGAAAGAAAACAGUUUCUUUGCAGCAGCAUCUGGUGGCCAUUAGAGGAACUGCAGCAGCGAUGGUUCCCCCCCGAUCCGCUGCCAACCAGCCCUACGUCGGCCUGACGGCGGUCCUCAUCGUGACCAGCCUGGCGCUGAUGGACGCCUACCUGGUGGAGCAGAAUCCGGGUCCCAGGAGGAUCGGCGUGUGCGUCACCGUGCUGGCAGGCGACGCGUGUUUUCUCGUCGUGCUGCGGUACGUGGCCGUCUGGGCCGGGUCGGAGGUGCACACGGCCCGGCGAGGCUACGCCAUGAUCCUCUGGUUCUUCUACAUCUUCCUGCUGGAGAUCAAGGUCUACUUCGUGUAUCAGAACUACAAGUCUCAGGACGUGAACGCGGACGUGGAGGUGACGGACGGCGGCGGCGUGGCCAGGGGCGCUCUGACGCUGCUACUGUCCGUCUGCAUGCCCAUCGUGUUCGUGACGCUGGCGGCGAUCGAUCACCUGGAGUAUCUGCGGCCGUAUAAGAAGAGAGAGGAGAUCCGGAGCCGUCUCUUCUGGGUGGUGGUGGACCUGCUGGACGUGGUGGACGUCCAGGCCAACCUGUGGGAGCUCCAGAGGGACGGACUCCCGCUGUGGGUGGAGGGACUGAUGUUCUUCUACUGCUACAUCCUGCUGCUGGUGCUGCCCUGCGUCUCCCUGAGCGAGAUCAGCAUGCAGGGCGUCAACAUCGUCCCGCACAAGAUGAUGCUGUACCCCAUCCUCAGUCUGGCCGCCAUCAACGUCAUCACCCUCCUGAUCCGCGGCGGGAACCUGCUGAUGUUCGGCGAUGUCCGAGUGUCGGCGAUCAUGAUGGGGAAGAACGUGAUCGCCAUCGUGGUGAAGAGCUGCAGUCUGGUGCAGUACAGGAAACGGCAGCCGGCGUCUCCUCCGGCGGAGCGAGGAGCCGAGAUCCAGAAGAACUCGCUGGCCGAUGUUCAGAUGUCCAACAUCCAGCAGGUGGUUCUGCCCAGAGUCGUGAUCGAGGACUUCACCACCAUACCGGAGGAGGAAGAGGAGGAGGAGGAGGAGGAAGAGGAGAGUGAUGACAGCAAAACCAAACAACCCUCCACAGUGACCCUCGCUGAUGACCAACAGCAGGUCCAGAACCAUCUACCGGAUCACAAGGAGAACCUUUCUGUAGACGUUUCCUCAAAUUAACUCUGAACAUCUGUAUAGGUUCUCUUUCACACCUGUAACUCACAACAGGAGAUUGUUUGUGUCGUUCUCACCAUAAAUACUCCGUUUGGUGAAGGCGAGGUUGUGGCGCGUAGAGCGAGCUGGAGGCAGGACAUGACGCGGAUUACACCGCGGUCACACAACCGGAUUUUUUUUGGUCAUAAACGACCGAGUCUCUUGUCGUUCCUUGAAUUUGUCCGAUGAUUUCGGCGCUUCCCGACAGAAGUCCCUGGAUCUCGUCGUCUCUCCAGUUAGACUUUUUCCUCGAUGUCUUCGUGUAAAUGAUUCUUCUUCUUCUCUCUCGGAUGUUUGUUUUCUUCCAGUUCCACGCCAUCAGCAUAUAGAAACGUCAUCAACGCGGCCACUCGCUCGCCGUGAAUUCAGAAGGUUCAGAAGGUGGCACCGCUAUGGAUGCACCGAUACCGAUACCAGUACCGUGUAUCGUGUCCGAUACUGUACUCAUGUAAUCGUACUCGCAAAACGGCUCCAAUACCACUUUACAGUAGCGUGACGUUAACCUCUCGCCCCCGUCUUUCGGGUCCU